AACGCGUUUGGACCUUACAUCUGCUGAAUUUAUUGGUUUGUUUGGGUUUCCCCACCCUCACUUACCGAAAACAAAACAAAACAAAAAAAGAAAAAAAAAAGAGAGAGGAAACAAGAAGCUCUCGUCCUUCUUCUUGAGCUUGUCUGGUAGCAUGAUCAUCUCCCACCUCCUCUUCUUCAUCAAAUCUUGAGAGUGGCGCCCAUUCAGAUCCUUGGAAAGUUGAGCAUGGUGGAGAGGAACUAUAGGAAGCAACUUAAGGUUGCGAGUGAGGCAAAAUUCGAUUUGUGAAAUCGUCCAUUUCACAGUGUCUUUUUGAAAAAACUAGUUGGGACUUUCAUCCAACAGUUUGCCGGCAGGAAGAAAACUCACAGCUUUCAGCGUGUGUGCGAGAAAGACUAUUCAAUAGCUAUGAGCACCGAGCAGCAGAAGAAUGCUUCUUCGUCCUCCUACCGGUGCACGUAUGAUGCCUUCUUGAGUUUCAGAGGCGCAGAUACACGCAAGAGCUUUACAGAUCACCUCUACAAUGCUUUGGAGUCGGCAGGAAUCCACACUUUUAGAGAUGAUGAUGAAAUUGAGAGAGGAGCAAACAUUGAACAGGAGCUACAAACAGCAAUACAAGAGUCACGAGUAUCAGUCAUUGUUUUCUCCAAGGACUACGCCUCUUCCAGGUGGUGCCUGAAUGAACUUGCUCUCAUCAUGGAACGUAAAAGAACAGAUGGACACAUGGUUAUGCCUGUUUUCUAUGAUGUGGAACCAUCAGAUGUCAGGAAGCAGACGGGCAGUUUUGCAGAAUCAUUUACUAGACAUGAAGAGCGCUUCAAGGACGAGAUAGACAAGGUGGAGGAGUGGAGGCGAGAUCUCAGAGAUGUUGCAGACUUGGGAGGGAUGGUUUUAAGAGAACGGUACGAGUGGCAGUUUAUUCAAGAUAUUGUUAAAGCGAUUGGAAAUAAACUGGACUACAUGACGAAUAGGAGAUUAAGAGUUGAUCCCUAUGUGAUCGGAAGAGGUAAUUAUGUGGAAAGCCUGAACACCUGGCUUGAAUAUGGAUCAAAUGAUGUUGGAGUAGCUGUCAUCCAUGGAAUGGGUGGAAUAGGGAAGACCACCAUUGCUAAAAUUGCUUAUAACCAGAACUUCCAGAAAUUUCAAGCUAGCAGCUUUCUUUCAGAUAUUAGGGAAACUUCCAAACAAGCCAAUGGUUUUGUUCACUUACAAAGGAACCUUCUUUCAGAUAUCCAAAAGGGGAAAAUGGAAGAAAUAUACAACCCUAAUGAAGGUAUAGUAAAGAUCAAACGUGUUGUACGUUGCAAAAGAGUUCUUAUUGUUCUUGAUGAUGUGGAGAACUCGGAACAGUUCAAUGCAAUAAUUGGAAUGCGAGACUGGUUCCAUCCUGGAAGUAAAAUUAUAAUAACAACUAGACAUGAACAUUUGCUGAAGGCUCAUGAAGUUGUAAGGUUUAAGGUUGAAGGAUUGCAUGAGGAUGAAUCGCUUGAGCUUUUCAAUUGGCAUGCCUUUCGACAACCCCAUCCUCAAGAAGGUUAUAUGGAGCUUUCAAGACCCGUGGUUGAACAUUGUGGAGGGGUUCCAUUAGCUCUUCAAGUUCUGGGAUCUUCUCUAUUUGGAAAAACAGCAGAUGUAUGGAAAAAUGCAUUACACAACUUAGAUGUGAUUACUGAGGGAAAAAUUCAAAAGAUUCUUUGCAUAAGUUUUGAUUCUUUAGAAGACCAUGAUCAACGUUUAUUCCUCCAUAUAGCCUAUUUCUUUGUGGGAAAGGACAAGGAUUUUACAACUACAAUCCUUGACGAAUGUGAUUUUGCCACAGAGGUUGGACUUCAACAUCUGGUUGAUAGAUGCCUUGUGGAAAUUAAUGUCAAAAACAAGAAGUUAAUCGUGCAUCAAUUACUUCAAGACAUGGGAAGGGCAAUAAUUCAUGAAGAAUCACCUGAGGACCCUGGAAAACGCACUAGACUGUGGCACAAAGAUGCAUUUAACGUUUUGACAAAAUUAACGCAGGGUACGAGAAUUGUCAAGGGCCUCAUGCUCCACUUUCUCCCAACAGAUUCAUCUCCGACAAAUGAGGUAGGUUUCAAAACAAAGGCAUUUACAGAGAUGCUCAAUCUUGAACUACUUCUGCUUGAUAAUGUAAAGUUGAGUGGAAGCUAUGAAGAUUUUCCAAAAAAUUUAAUAUGGCUGUCUUGGCGAGGAUUCUCUUUAAAAUCAAUACCAUCCAAUUUUUGUAUGGAACAUCUAGUUGUUCUUGACUUACGGAACAGCAGUCUGCAACAUAUUUGGAAAGGAACCAAGAUUCUUACAAGAUUGAAAAUCCUUAAUCUCAGUCAUUCACAUGGUCUUAGGACAACCUCUGACUUGUCUGGACUCCCUAACCUUGAGAAACUAAUUCUUAAGGAUUGCAUUAAUUUGGUUGAUGUUGAUGAAUCCAUUGGAAACUUGGGGAAACUUGUUUUCUUGAAUCUAAAAGACUGCAAAAGCCUUAUGAAGCUUCCAAAAAGAAUGAACUGGUUGAGGUCUCUUGAGGAACUUAUUCUUAGCGGUUGCUCAAAGCUUGUGCUUCAUGACAGUGCCACGGUAAUUCAUGUACACGCGAUAUCUGGGGAUAUGAAUAAACCUGGACUGUUGUCAACUUUAUCAUGGACACCAAUCAGGUCUUGGUGGAUGUGGGCAUGGCCAGGAAAGACUCUUCAAUCAACCAGUUUCUCACUGGCAAGUUUACCGCGUUGUUUGGGAAGCUUAAAUCUGUCUCGUUGCAAUCUGUCAGAGGUUCCCAAUGAUCUGUGUACAAUAUCUUCAUUGAAGUAUUUGGAUCUAAGAAGUAACCCAAUUUUGUGCCUACCACAAAACAUGAAGAGUCUUAUUAUGCUCGAGACUCUUUUGUUAUAUGCUUGCACAAACCUCGAAAUGCUUCCAGAGCUCCCAGCAAGGUUGAAAAAUUUGAAUGCAGCUUUUUGUACAUCAUUGAAAAGAUUAAAAAAUAUACCAAACUUGUUGGAAUCAUUGGAAUUCACUUUUCUGGGUUGCCCUCGGUUAGUUGAAGUUGAAAGCUUGUUGAAUAUAAAAACGUUGAGAAGCGCUGACAUAGAAAUGACAAGAUAUAUGGGACAGUUCGAUUUGAAAUCCAUAGCAAGCACUGAUGUCGAAAUGCUCAACUACUUGACCAGUACAACCAGGAAGGUUCCUGUCCAGGUCUUUCUCUGGUCUCCUCUCUCAUGUAUAGUUCUAAUUAUUAUAUAUAUGAAUUAGUUGGGCCUAACUAUUUGAAUAAUUAAAUUUGAAUUGUGGAUUCUUGAUGAAACAGGCAAUCUAUGAGUGUGGCAUAUAUAGCAUGUUCCUUCAUGCAAGCAAGAUUCCAGAUGGAUUUGACUUCACAAUACAGACAUCUGUGCUGUCAGUUAUUGCACCUUCACAUCCUAAUCUCAAAAUCCAAGGCUUGAAUGUAGGCGUUUUAUAUGCCAAAAAUGAACAUCAGAUUAAAGCCAGUGUAAAAAAUUUGAUUGAAGUUAGUAAUCAGACGAAGGCUCUCAUGUGGACCUAUUGCCCACUCACAAUAUGUUUGCCAACUGAGAAGGAAGAUGCGUUGUGGCUUAGCCAUUUUCGAUUUGGAAACAAUGAAUUCGAGGAUGGGGACCAAAUACGUGUUUCGGUGGAGGCGAUUGCUUUUUGUCGGGUGAAGGAGUUCGGAAUCCAGCUUGUGUACGAGCCGGAAAGACCUCCUUCUAGCCAGAAUAAUGUUGUUGCUGGAGAUGUGUCACUGUCAGCAUCAGAGUACCAAAUGUGGACAGGAAAAUACUUUCUCAGUAUUCGUGGGCGCCGUUUUCAUCAAGCUUGAUUCCUAAAGACAGUAGAUUCAUGAAUUUUACUUGGUUAAACAGUAGAAUUGUUAGUUCGUUAAACGAGAAACUAAAUUAAUAACUUAUUAAUUUACCAAUUAUUUAAUA